AUGCCUAUCAAUUCGACAGACCUCGAAAAGUCGGCUUGUAGCAGCUGCGCAAUAACACAGAAUCGUUCGAACUAUUGGACCCCUACACUCUACUUUCAAUCUCCAAUCAACGGAACUUUCAAGAGGGUUAGGCAAAGACCGGGACCGCUGACAGGCAGUCCAAAUGCUGGCAUGGUCGUCUACUAUAUCCAGAUUGGUACCGUCAAGUCGUUUCCAAAGGGUAACAGCUUUCCUAUUCGAGUCCUGCAACAUUCUGAGGCACUCUACGCUAGUAUCAAAGACUCUCGUUCCAUCACGUUCAGAUGUUUGCAAGCUGAUGAUUCAAGUGGUAAUGGCCCAGACACCAAUGGCAUGCCGACGCAAAACUGUCCCGGCGGUAGCCAUGUUGCGUAUGCCAACGGCGCGAGCUUUGGUAACUUUGGUACUGGCUGUCCGUCGACCCACCCUGUCCAACUGCCACUCCUCUUCCUUGAGACGUACUGGGACACUGCUCCAUACGCAAAAGAGUGGGUCAACGGAAAGUCUCCAUUCGUUUGGAGCAUGGGCGACCCGACAGGCUAUGGAUACCACGCCGACUACAUGAUGGGAUGGCCUGAGCAGACUCUUGCCGACGCCAUGGCCAAGUGCACCGACCAAGGCGGCCAAGUCUCUUCAUGCUCCGUUCUUUCCCAGCGUUCAGAGCAAGAUAUGAACGACUGCGCCAUUCCAAACCGCGUUGAUGAAGAGUUGGAUAAUUGCGAGUUCACUCCCUUUGAAGCAAAUAUCCUAUCGAGUUAA